GUUUCUCUUUCUCUUCAUUUUCCCAUUCGCAUCUUCAAAGAAUCAAACAUUUUUCAACAAGGGUUCAUCUCUCUCAGUCGAAGAUGAAUCCGUUUUUCUCACCUCCCCUGACAACACAUUCACCUGUGGUUUCUAUUCCAUGGGGGAUAAUGCUUUCUGGUUCUCCAUCUGGUUCACGGAUUCUAAAGAGAAAACGGUUGUUUGGACAGCAAACAGAGAUAAACCUGUUAACGGGAUGGGAUCCAAAGUCACCCUCAGGUCCGUUGGAGCCCUAGCUUUACUCGACAUCGACGGCUCAAUCGUAUGGGAAACAAACACAAGCUCCACUAAUGCGGAAAGAGUUGAGCUUUUAAACUCAGGUAAUCUCGUUCUUAAAAACCCAGAUGGUAAAAUCCUCUGGCAAAGCUUUGAUUUCCCAACUGAUACUCUCUUACCUUCACAAUCAAUCAGAAAGGGCAAACCCUUGGUUUCUUCGUUAGCAAAAGGAAGUUUUGCUUCUGGGUUUUAUAAAUUUUACUUUGAUAAUGACAAUACAUUGAAACUAAUGUACGAAGGACCGGAGGUUGCGAGCAUAUAUUGGCCAAAUAUAGAAGUGACUCCAGCUCAGAAUGGGAGGUCAAACUUCAAUAAUACCAGAAUUGCUGUUCUUGAUAAUAUGGGUAGGUUUUCAUCGAGUGAUGCUUUCCGUUUCAAUAGUUCCGACAUGGGUUUUGGAGUAAUAAGAAGACUGACCAUGGAUUACGAUGGGAAUUUGAGACUCUACAGUUUAGAUAAGUUAACAGGAUUGUGGGAAGCAGUUUGGCACGCUGUUCAACAGCCGUGCAAUGUGAACGGUUUAUGCGGUCGUUAUGCAAUUUGCGUUUACGCCCCUCAGCCAAUUUGCGCCUGCCCGCUUGGUUAUGAGAUGGCUGACCGAACCAAUUGGAACCAUGGCUGCCGGCCUAAGUUUAACCUGACCUGCUCUAGCUCAGGAUCUCAAAACUAUAAGUUCGUACAGAUCUCUCAUGCAGAUUAUUAUGGAUUUGAUUCCUCUUCUUCGUCGGCAGACACAUUGGAAAACUGCCGGAAUAAGUGCCAGAAUGAUUGCUCAUGUAAAGGAUUUAGUUACAGGAUUGAUGGAGGUGGGUCAUGUUUCAUCAAGUAUGAUCUUUUCAAUGGAAGAAGAACUCCGAGUUUCCCUGGAAGCAUAUACAUAAAACUACCUGCAGAUUACAAUGACGUUCGAGAAACCGAAUCAACGAUUCUCAAUUCUUCGAUUGCUAUUUGUGGACCGUCCGAUCAGCCUCUUGCUACUGUGGAUUUUGUUUCCUUAUACGGGAACGAUCGUGUGAAGGAACCGAGAUGGGGAUAUUUAUACGGUUUUGCUUCGGCCGUGGGCAUUAUGGAGAUUCUGUUUUUCGGGGCAUGGUGGCUUAUUUUCAAGAGAAUGGAAUUGCCCGCGACUGUUCGGAGCGGAUAUCAAUUGAUGUCGAGCCAAUUCAGGAGGUUCGGUUAUUCGGAGCUGAAGAAAUCGACAAAGAACUUCAAGGAGGAGCUCGGUAGAGGCGGUUCGGGUAUCGUCUAUAAGGGCGAAUUGGAAGACGGGAGGACCGUGGCUGUUAAGAGAUUGGGCGGCGCGUUUCAAGGGGAGGAGGUAUUUUGGGCGGAAGUAACCACAAUAGGAAAGAUUUAUCAUAUGAACUUGUUAAGGAUGUGGGGAUUUUGCGCUGAAGCCAACCAUAGGCUAGUGGUUUACGAAUUCGUAGAAAAUGGUUCUUUGGAGAAGCGCUUGUUCUUCGGCGAUCCGCUCGGAUGGAAAGAGAGAUUUCAAAUAGCAAUAGGGAUGGCAAAAGGGUUGGCUUAUCUUCAUCAUGAAUGUCUAGAAUGGGUUAUCCAUUGCGAUGUUAAGCCCGAAAACAUCCUUCUCGACUCCCAUUUGGAGCCAAAGAUUGCGGACUUUGGGCUAGCCAAGUUGUCGCAAAGAGGUGGUCCGGGGUCUGAGUUUACGCGAAUUCGUGGGACGAAAGGGUACAUGGCACCGGAGUGGGCAACGAACCUUCCUAUUACGGCUAAGGUUGAUGUUUAUAGUUAUGGAGUUGUGAUAUUGGAAUUGGUGAGGGGAGUUAGACUAUCUGGAUGGGCUGUUGAUGAUGUGGAGGAACAAGAAUCGGAGCUUACGAGAUUCCUUAGGACGGCGAGAAGGAAACUUGCAUCGGAAGAGGAUGAGUUAUGGGUGGAGGAGGUGGUGGAUCCGAAGUUGAAAGGGGUGUAUAGCCGAAGGCAAGCGACGAAGCUUAUAGAAACGGGGCUUUCUUGUGUGGAAGAGGAUAGGACUAAGAGGCCGACGAUGGCGAGUGUGCUUCAAGUUCUUGUGGAAUGUGAAGAUGAAACUAAGCCUCGAUCCUUCAAAAAUGUACUCCAAGACUAGGUUUGUUAGGUUGGAAUAGGAAUUGGAAUUUUAUUUUUUCUAUAAUUGAAAUGUUUGUU